UGCCCAUACUUUCCCCCUUCCCACUAGUUGUGGUGUGACCCUGUGAGCACCACCCAUACUCUGGAAUAACGCUAGACAAGCAGAAAUGGCAGAAGAGCACCUCCGCUCCAAGGCACUGCUUUCAGAAAUUAGAGCUGUGGGGAAGGGACCCUUAAAGAAUUAGUCUCAUGAGUAUGUUGGUUCGUACCACUCAGCUCACCACUUGGGAAGUAGAAGGAGGAGGCUCAGAAGGUCAAGGCCAUCCUUAACUACACGAGUGAGGCCAGCCUCAGCUGCAUGAAAUUCUGUCUCUAAAUAAAUAGAAGGCCUCUGUUAUAAAAUUCCUGCCUACCUAGUCCUAGCCCUGACUGUGAGAAAUGGGAGUUCCAGAGAGACUGCUCUGCAGAAUCAUCCUUUACCGUCACGGGAACAUUAGCCAUUAAGGUGAACACCACCUCCAAGCCCACUGGACCUCCUUGUCUCUGUGGCUCCAAACCUGGUGUAGUAGGAAUGUAUGGCUCUGUUAGCUGGCUGUUUAGUACACGCCUGCUGAUUAGAUAAGUAGAAGUGGAGAAGAGGGAUGAUGCCCAUGAUGCUGCAAGUGGGAACUCUCUGGGAUGGAGGGGUUGGUACCCUCUAAGAGCAGCCUAUGAUCUGCUCCGAGAACAUCCUUUUGUUCUGUGGCUCCAGUCCACUUUGGUUUCCUUUGAAGAGGAAGAUGACUCAGCCCUCCUAUUCUAGCUCCUGCAGUCUGAGGAGAAGGCUUUGCAGAGACUCAAUUCCCUCUUGUUUAUAGGGUGGGAAGUGGAGGGCUGUCAGGUGCUGAGGAGGAGGUUGUUUCGUGGGUGGUGACAGCAAGAAGGCUACCAAUAAUAUAUUUGUAUACUUCCUAAUAAAGGAUCCAUCUCCCCCUCACACAGAGGCUCCUGAAACUGGUAGCGCAUGGAUGACAUUUCCUCCAGAGCUAGAAGCAGUGUUCCCAGCCCUCCUCCAGUUGUUCCCAGGCUACCUCUAGCCACAGGUUUGUCUUCUGCCCGUAGAACCCCACCCUGAAGUUUAUUUACUUAUAAACUAGCCAGGUUGACUUACACCUUGGUCUGAGUCUUAGAAGAUUGUACUUUUUGUAACCUCCACCUUCAUUGAGCCUCCACACACACAGACACCCAAAGAGGCAGACCACACAAGGUAGGUUCGAAUCCUGGCUUGGACAGGUGGAACCUGUGUGAGUUCAUGCAGUAAAACCCCAAAAGUGUCUGUCUUCUGUUGAUGUAGAGGAUGUCUCCUAGGUCUGGGAUGAUUACGUAAAUCAUGACCACCACUGUAAUAAAGUCAGGCAACUGAAGAAUAAGGUUUUCACAUUGGUAUCAGGGCCGUGACUGGGCUGUCCAGGAAGAAGGGAAAGGAAAUGGGCAGGUAACAGGCCUUUACUGUGAGGCACUUUCCCACUCUCAGUACAAAGGCCUUGCAAAGGCAGGCCUACUGUCCCCAUGCUACAGAGCAGGAUGGGCCAAGCAGAGUGGCUUCAUCAAGCCCGCCUUGCGCUUCUGGGUUCCUUAUGCUUUUAGUCAUGUGUCUUCGGGCAGCUUCCUGGUGGGAGCAUCCUUAAAACUAAAACUGCCAUUUGAACACCACUGGACCUCUACAGGCUCCUUCUCUGUUGACUCAGCAAAGGAAAGGUUGUGCCAGUUUCCCGCCUCUACUCCCUCAGCCAAAGCCAGAGGGAGGUGAUGAGCAACCCAUCUCCCUCCAUUCUCCUCAGCACUAUGUGUCUGAUGCCUCACUGCUCAGAAACCAAAAAAGCACCACCUUCUCUACGCCCACCAGAGCCAGGCCUUCCAGGGUCCCGGAGGCAGCUAGUUUGGGCUCGUCUCAAAUCCCCAGGCUCAUGUGAUCCUUCAGAGGGCUGGAGCUAUGGGCAUGUGCCACCAGGCCCAGAUUGUGCAGGUUGUAAAGGGGAGUUUGGAUCUUUCAGAGAUACCCUCUGAAAUAUGGGUAGACAGAAUGGGAUGAUGCCCAGAGUCACAACGUCAGUGUUUUCUCAAGCUGUCUUCUGCAGAUCAACAGCAGCCAAAAGGUUUGUGGCAUGAUUUUCUUAGUGUGCCAAAAUAACUACUGAAGGAGAAGACUCUAGGUGGUAGAAUCUGAGAGCUGGGUUUCACACAUCCAGCCCCAAGGCUGCCUUUGACAAAUCUAUGGGGGAAAGUAAUGAACCAAGUCUUAGCUUUCAGAUUCUUUGUCCCUCAAUGACAGUAAAACUGAGCAAUGUCUUAGGCCACCCUACUCUAAUGUGGUAAUAGCAAUAAUGCUAAUAGCUACUGUAUAGUAGACACCUAGUAUAUACUAACAGCUUUGUACAGGGCAUUUCUAAUCCCUAAAACUGCCCAAGUUGCGUAUUACCAAAGCCUGAGUAUAUAGAUGAAAACAAUGAGGCUCAGAUAAUGAAUGUCCAAAGAUCACUUAGCUCUAAGAAGCCUGGAUUCCAAUUCAGCUGACUCCAGAACAGCUUCCAGUGGGCUGCACUGUCUCCAGGAAGCACCCAGCACAUAAGGCAUGUAUGUGAAGGCAGAGAAUAAUGUCCCGGUAGCAAACUGCUCUCUGUUCAUGUUUUAAGCAACAAUUCUCUAAGUUUUGUUUGUUGAACCUCUCAAGGACACAUCUGAGAUCUGCUCACUGGGAAAUUCUUACACACACACACACACAUGCACGCACACACAUGCACGCACGCACGCACGCACGCACGCACAUGCACACACAUCAUCCUUUCUACCACCUCAUUCCUCAACCUACAGGGAAAAAUAUUCCUGUUCCUUGCCUGUUCGGCCAAACCCUCUCUAUGUCCAGCCCUGGAAGAUCUUUGCUUAAGGCAGAGCUUGUAGACUUUCUGUGACAGCCUCACUCUGGGACGCCUGCAUAUUUUGUAAGCCAUUCAAAGCCUCCUUCAUCUCCCAGGCCUUCCAGAACAACAAAUAGCACACUGGCCAUGAUUGCAUGCAUCUGCUGCCCUAGGCCCUGGCUUCUGGCCCUCACUCCCGGCUCUGGCCCCAAAGAAUUGAGAAAUAUUUUUUGAGACUUCUUUGCCAGCUCUAAUUAAUGUCCCCUCUCUCUUCCUUGUCUGUCUCUCCCUCUUUCACCCUACCUUCUGUGUCCCAGAUCAUUUCUGCCUCAUGACUGUUGCCUGCCCUGACUUUUUCACCUAAAUUCCAGGCCUGUCUCCUGUCAUGUGCGAGACCGCUCCUCUUGAUGUACAAACAGAACUAGAACUUGACAGACUGGAAGUGAACUCAGCCAUUCCCAAUCCUCUCUCCAUCAGGGCUUCUUGUGUCCCCCAUAACCGACUUGUGCUCAUCCUAAAAAGCUCACCAUUGUUUCUGGCUUCUCCCUACUGAGAAAGCGAGUAUUCAAACAUUUGCUGAAUGGAUCAGGGGAUGAAUGAGUCCUAUCAUGAAUCACACUGCUUCAUCAGGAAGAUUCACAAUAAUCCAGCCUCGUUCUUUUCAUAUUCAAACAACUUUGCAUAAAAGACAACUCAGAAUCUCUUCACCUUAAAGCUGCAGUCAUCUCCAUAGCUGGCAGACUAAUGGAGCAUUUCAGCUUGUUCUGAGGAGACUGCUUUUCCACUAAAUGGAGCUCACUCUACCUUCUCUUUGAAAGCUUAGUAAAUAAUACAGCAGUGCACGUUGAAGUAAUUUUCUUGCCUUACUGACCACAGGAUAGUCUAUCAUGUUAGUAUGCCAUUGCUUAUGUAGCCAUCCUCAGAUUUGGAACAUUUGGACUGCUUACAGGAUUUUAGCGCAUUUUAUUUUAUUUGAAUCAGUUAACCAAGCAAGUGGCCCAGUUUGCUAAUACACAGACAAAGUGGCAGUAAAGCAGGGAGGGUGGUAGGGAUGCUACAGGGCAGGAGUGAAAGGAAGCUUCCCAUUGAAUGCCCUCCUGAAUUCUGAGCCCUGUGAGCACACAAGCUGAAGGCUUAUUGUCUACCAAGUGUGGCACUAGAACAUGCCUGUCAAGAUGGGGUCUAGGCACACAGCCUAAGUUUUUGGUAUGUGCCCUCCCAAAAGUACAUAUAAUGUGCCACGGGAACUCAGAGAGCUCAGUGGCUCGGGGAAUAACAUUUGCACUUCACCUUCAAAUAUGGAUAAGACAGCCUGAUCUGAGACAAAAAGGGCAGAUUGAGGAACAAGGCUAUAUGUGGUUUAGAAAAUGAACGCUUGAAAAAUAUAAAAGAUGGGGUCUCCCUAUGUAGUCCAGGAUGGCCUAGACCUUGCAGUGAUCCUCCAGCCUCGGCCUUCUGAAUGCUGAGAUUACAAGUAUGUAUCACCAAAUCUGGCUGUAAAUGAGACUUUUAAGGAGGAAAGAAAUGAGUAUAAAAAGGGGUCCAGACCCAGGCUCUCUUCUCUGGCUUGGAGUUGAUCUCCAAGGCAACAGCAUCCUUGAAAGAUUGAAAUAGGCCAGAGAUCCAGUAAAAGCGUUUUUGUUGUUAUUUGUUUUGUUUUUAUUCUCUUAAUUUCUUUUGUGAUAGGAUCUCAUUAGAUAGGCCAGGCUGGCCUGGGUUUCACUGUGUAACCCAGGCUAGCCUGGAACUCAUCCUAUAGCCCAGGGUGGCCUCAAACUCCCAAUUCUCCUGCCCCAGCUUUCUGGGUGCUGUGAUUACAGAUGUGUUCCACUGUGCCUGGCUGUGAGGAGCUGCUGCCUCUGCAGCUGCUGCUGCUGCCUGCUUGCUCUGGUCCUCAUUGUGUACAAACAGUCUGACAGCAGUGCGGAGGCCAGUGGACAGCGAGCUGCUCCAGUACAGGAACCAUCGAGAAGAGCAGGAGCUGGAAAGACUCAUUGUUCUCUUUGCCCCAGGUCAUAGCCGCUUCGUCCACAAAGCUCUUGAGCCUGGACAACUACUCAGUCUCAGGCAACAGGAAUGUUUGCUCACUCUCACCUAGGCACUGGAAGCCACUGUGCUGGCCUGCUCUAAUAAGUGACCCAGUGACUCACGAUUCCAGGGAUCCUGAGAGCCCCAUCUGGGCUGCCCUUUACCCUCUCUGAGCCCUUGCCCAACCACAACUCCUAAGCCCCCUUCACUAUACUGUAGACCCAGGGGCCUCAGACACAAAGGGACUCGUGAGCAGCUCCACUAAAUCACCUCCCAGGCGUCUCUUUUCUCCUGCUCCCUAAGCCUGAAGCUUUUCUCAAAGGCAACUGUUCCCUGCAUAGCAGCAAAGCUCUGCAUUUUUGUGUGUGGGAUCUCCACACUCUAAGAGGUCAGGCUCUUCACAUGGAAUAUUAGAUCCUACUGCACAUGCCGCUCCCCACUGCCAAAUUCCAGUGCCAUGGAACACUGUGGGUGCCAGACACCAUCUAAGGGGCUUUCCAAGCCUCACAACAAAUCCUCACAGCAAAUGGAUUUGAGUAAUCUUUUUUGUUUAGUUGCUUUUUUGUGUUGUUGUUGUUGUUGUCUGGCUGUCCUGGAACUCACUCUGUAGACCAGGCUGGCCUCAAACUCACAGAGAUCCGCCUGCCUCUGCUUCCGUAAUACUGGGUUUAAAAGCAUGCACCCCUACCACCCGGCUUUUGUUUUGUUUUUUGAGACAAGGUCUUACCUAUCCCAGGAUGGCCUCAAACUCACUAUGUAGUCAAAGAUGACCUUGAGCUCCUAAUUCUCCUGCCUUUACCUCCCAAGUUCUGCGAUACAGGCAUAUGCCAACACACCCAGCUAUGUGUGCUUAAUAUCUUCUACCAAAUGAGAAAACUAAGACUUGGGGAGUACAUACAUAAUCUCUUUAUUCGGCACAUUUUAAUUUUUUCUGUUUUUAUUUUUGAGAUUACAAUAUAAUAACAUCAUUUCUCCCUUUCCUCCCUCCAAACCUUUCCAUAUACCUCUCUGGCUCUCUUUCAAAUCCAUUACCUCUUUUUCAUUAUUUGUUGUUACAUGCAUAGAUGUAUAUGCAUUCCUAAAUAUAACCUGCUCAGUUCACAUAAUGUUGCCUGUAUGUACGUUUUCAGGGCUGACCAUUUGGCACUAGACAACUAAUAGGUGUGCUCUUCCCUGGGGAAGAACACCUCUCCCACCCCCAGCUUUCCUCAGUUGCCUGUGGUUCUUUGUGUAGGGUUGAGGCCUCCUGGGCUUUUCCCUGUUCACUUUGGCAUGUGUAUUGGUGUCGUCCCACGUAUGUUUAGAUAGUCAUGUUGAAGAGACUUUAUGGGUGUAGCUUCUGACUUUCCUAGGAGAAACAAUCUCACAGCAAACUCCCUGAUCCUCUGGUUCUUACAGUCUUUCUUCCCCCUCUUCCACAAUGUUCCCUGUGCCUUAGGUGUGGGAGUAUUUUGUAGAUGUAUCCACUAGGAAUGAGCUCCACAACUCUGCAUUGGUUGUGGUUUUCUGUAGUGGUCUCCGUCUGUUGCAAAGAGAAGUUUCCUUGAUGAGAGGUAAAGACUACACUAUCUAUGGUGUAAGGAUACAUAUUUAGAAUGUACUUAGGGAUUAUGCUGGUUUAGUAAAGUGGUGGUUGUAGAUCCUCCUUCUCUAGCACUGAGUAGGUGGCACCAGUAUCAGGCAUCAUUUCCCUCUUGUUGAAUUGGUCUUAAGUCCAAUUAGGGAGAUGCUGGUUACCACCAAGGUAUGCAUUCCACUGCUGCAUCCUUCGAGUUAUCCUGUUAUGUUUAUCAACACAUUUUAAUUAAGGUCAUAUGUACCAUAUGCUUAGUAUUUCCCUGGGUUUCAACAGCAUGUAUUCUGGGUCAAGAGUUGGGUAGUGAAUGAUAGGAGUCUAUGUGUCACCAGUAAAUAGAUUAGGGCCACCAGGGAAGUCAAAGAAGAUGGAAGAGAAAGCUCUUAGCUGUGUGACCUUUGAUGAGAUACUUUUACCAUCUUGGAGACCAGAAACUCUAACCUUCUUCAUUGGUUCCAGCAGCAUUUACUUGAGUAAAGUUUACCCUGUGCUAUAUGUUAGGGACACGGAGAUGGGAGACAGUCUGGCCCUGCCCUUGUUCUGAUGCCAUGUGUUACCUUGAGGCUCACCUAAAUUUUCUCCAUAUCCCCAUCUAAAAGUGAAGAGGUGCAGAGACCUGAUCAGUAAGAGCCGCAGAGCUCUUGGAGUGGUGGGUCUUGUCUGUCAUGGGCUCCCCAGGCCCCUUCGUAUCUGCUUUCCCCAGGAGAGCCAGGCUUUCCUCCCUUUCCUCUCUCUCCUCCCCUGAAAAAUUCUCAAUAGACAUGGCCCUCUAUGUGGCCAGGAAGCCCCAGGAAGCAGCUUGAGCCCAGCUUUCUCGGGAGGAAGAAAAGAAAGAAUGGGCUGAUGUAUCCGGGAGCUUCUAGGUACAUUUGACAAUGAAAGUGACUCAGCAGAAAGUGUCCUAAGCUCGCCUCUGAGGGGUCACAUUAAUUAGUCCGAUCAGCAGUGAGAGCUUGCAUGCUCCCCUCGGCGGGCCAGACAGAUCAGUAUUCUCUCACACUUGUAGGACAUUGGAUAUCACUCUUGUUUGAGUUUUGCAGCCACGCUUUUAGUUACACUCAGCGGGAAUUUUUGGACUGCCUUCUGUAUUCAAGGCCUUAUGCAGGGGAUAUUGAUCUUUUUCAAAUUCAAGUGUAUGGACAUUUUCAGACACUGCCUGUCUUCUUCCUCACUGAAUUCUUAGUACAUCACAACAGUGACCUACAAACAAUAUCAAUCCAAUAGAGAAUGACAGGAAAAAAUUAAUUCUGAGAUAGGGAUCUUGGAAUGGCCUUUAAUUUUGCAAAGACUGGUAAACAGAAGCAUGACCCUUAACCAGGAACAAACAGAUGGUCAACAGACAUAAAUUGAAAAGAAUGGUAAUUGUAGGAAAUAAUUACCAACUGUGUACCAAGCCUUGUGCUGAGUACCUCAUGAUCAUUCACUCAUUUAAUUCUCAAGAUAACUCUGUGAAGCAGGCAUUCUCAUUGUCCCCAUUUUACAGAUGGGUAAACCAAGGCAUGGGGAGUCACUAACUUAUAAGUGUCAGGGCUCAGAUCUGAACUCCUGUUGUCUUGCUCUGAAGUCUAUGAUUCUACACACUAUACUGCCUUCCAACAUAAAUUUUCAAAAGGGAGUAGUCAGGGGCAUGGAGUGUUGUGAAGCUGUGGCUUUAAGCAAUGUUUUUUCUGCUUUGCUAUCUGGUGUCUGGCUGCUGAUCCAGAACCCCAGCCUGGGAACACAGGCACAAAGAGGACUUGGAGAAAUGUAGAUAUGCAUGCUGCAAAACAGCUCUAUUGGGCUCAGUGGCUCUCAACUGAAGGAGCCAGAUUGGCCACUGGAGCAGAAGCAAAUGUGGCCCCUAGUUACCUUUUCUGAAGCAAGUACUAGCAGCAGGCUGCUUUGCAGAGCUUCUCGAUAAGGUGAACAAAGUCAUUCUUUUCUCCUGAACUACUUAGAGGUCAUCCAACAGCGAAAGCUCCCCAAGGCUACUGUUGCCUCAUCAAAAUCAGUGGUCCAUGGACAGAAAGGAAACAUUCUAAUGUGCAACCUUCUGUGUGUAGGAAGUUGGGGCGGAACAAACUGGAGGAAAGGUUCGGGCAAGCCUGACAAAAGCUUGACGGUUAAGCAGCCCUGAUGAUAAGAGAUUAGUGCAGAGCGUCUGACAUCAGCUCCAUCUCAGUGGCUUAGGGCUUCUGCUUGGGCUUCUGGCCACAGGGAAGCAGCCCUGAAACCAUGGUCUUUUUCUCCAGACUAGAUCUGCAGGAGGGCCUCCGAACACUCUCCGUUUUACAGUGGAUUCCACUCUAUGUCAUUUUAGGAACUAUUCCCAUCUUCGGUAUACCCUAUUUCCUGCUGUUCACUAGCUUAUGGCCCUUAUCUGUGCUCUCCUUAGCCUGGCUUUUCUAUGACUGGAACACCCACAGUCGAGAUGGUAGGCGUUCAGCUUGGGUACGAAACUGGACCCUCUGGAAGUAUUUCCAAAGCUACUUCCCAGUAAAGCUGGUGAAGACCCAUGACCUUUCUCCCAAGCACAACUACAUCAUUGUCAACCACCCCCAUGGCAUUCUCUCUUUUGGUGCCUUCAUCAACUUUGCUACUGAGGCCACUGGCUUUUCCAGGAUUUUCCCAUCUAUCACUCCCUUUUUAGCAACCUUGGAAGGGAUCUUCUGGAUCCCUAUUGUGCGGGAGUAUGUAAUGUCCAUGGGUAUAUGUCCGGUGAGUGAGUUGGCCCUGAAGCACAAGCUGAUGCAGAGAGGCUCAGGCAAUGCUGUGAUCAUUGUGGUGGGUGGAGCUUCUGAAGCCCUCUUGUGCCGCCCAGGAGUCUCCACAAUCUACCUCAAAAAUCAUAAAGGUUUUGUGAAGCUAGCACUGAAGACAGGGGCAUAUAUUGUCCCUUCUUACACCUUUGGUGAGAAUGAGGUUUACAACCAAGAGACCUUCCCUGAAGGCACAUGGCUAAGGUUCUUCCAAAAAAACUUCCAGAAAAUUGGCAAAAAAAUCCUAGGCCUAAAUUUCUGUACUUUCCAUGGCAGGGGCUUCACUCGGGGAUCCUGGGGCUUUUUGCCUUUCAAUCAUCCAAUUACCACCGUUGUUGGAGAACCCCUGCCAGUCCCCAAGAUCCAUGAUCCUGACAAGGAGACAGUGGCAAAGCACAUGGAACUUUACAUCAGUGCCCUGCGCAAGCUGUUUGACCAACACAAAGCUGAAUAUGGCUUCUCUGAGACCCAGGAGCUGACAAUUAUAUAACACAAAUCCGAAUCUCUGUACUGCUGUGGGAUAUCAUUCUGUAUGCUGUGAAUAUGUGUUGCUCUGAUUGACUGAUAAAUAAAACGCUGAUUGGCCAGUAGUCGGGUAGGAAGUAUAGGCGGGGUAAGCAGAUAAAGAGAAUGCUGGGAAGAGGAAGGCUGAAUCAGGAGUCACCAGCCAGACACAGAGGGAGCAAGAUGACAAGGCAGAACUGAGGAAAGGUACCAAGCCACAUGGCUAAACAUAAAUAAGAAUCAUGGGUUAAUUUAAGUGUAAGAGCUAGUCAGUAAUAAACCUGAGCUAAUGGCUGAGCAGUUAUAAUUAAUAUAAACUUCUGUGUGGUAAUUUGGGAAGUGGCUGCUGGGUA